CUGCCUGCCGCGGGAGCGCGGGCCGCCGCGGCGACAUCUUGCUCAGGAGGAAAGCGUGCCGGAGAGCGAGCCGCCCUUUAGCUGCUGCGCCACGCGCGCCUCUGGCCUGGGCGCAGAGGAUCCGCCGGGUGCCGCGGAAAGGAGGCUGCGGGUAGCGCGCAGCGGCUGGCGCUUGAGGCUGCAGGCGACAUCAUGUCCCCGGGGAGCGGGGUGAAGAGCGAGUACAUGAAGCGCUACCAGGAGCCGCGCUGGGACGAGUACGGGCCGUGCUACCGCGAGCUGCUGCACUACCGCCUGGGCCGCCGGCUGCUGGAGCAGGCGCACGCGCCCUGGCUCUGGGACGACUGGGGCCCAGCCGGCUCCUCGGAGGACUCAGCAUCGUCGGAGUCGUCGGGCGUCGGGGGCCCCGCGCCCCGGUGCGCCCCGCCCUCGCCCCCGCCCCCGCCCCCGCCGCCCGCGGAGCCCGCGGCCCAGGAGGAGGCGGAACGGCGGGCGCGCGGGGCCCCGGAGGAGCAGGGCGCGGAGGCCGAGGAUGCGGAGGACGCAGCUCUGCCAGCACUGCCAGGGAAAGAUGUAGAAGAGAAACCUGAACAACCACCUAGAACAAGAGAGACUGACAAAUCACCCGCCAGGACGGAGCCUCGACAGCAACCAAGUGCCUUAUUUGCUAGAGGAAACAGGAAAGCAGUCAAAAGUCCCCAAAGAUCAUCAAGUAAAAUAAAAGAAAACAAGCAUCCAUUUGCUCUUUAUGGCUGGGGAGAAAAACAGACGGAUACAGGAAGCCAGAAGACUCACAAUGUCUGCGCAUCCGCUCCUGUGCACGAGAUUCAUGAAUCAGCAUUACGAGCCAAGAACAGAAGACAGGUGGAAAAAAGGAAACUGGUUGCCCAAAGGCAGCGUGCCCACUCUGUGGAUAUAGAGAAGAACAGAAAGAUGAAGGCUUCCUCCUCAGAGAACCCGUGGAUGACAGAAUACAUGAGGUGCUAUUCAGCAAGAGCUUGAAGAAACACUUGGGUGGACAGCCUCUUUUAAAAAGUGUCAAUGACCAAAAGGAAAAUCAAAACAAAAACCAUCAAAAGAAACUGGACACAGGUUUAAGAAACCAACUGAUUAUGCAAGGUUUUUUUUAGGGAAUUUGUAAAAGAUUGUUUUAUUUUGAUGAAUAUUGGUCACCUACCUCGGCAGUAGGGCAGACAGUUGAAGCCAUAGACAUUUGGUUAUUUAUGAAGAUAAUUCCCUAAAUCUUUGAUAUUCUUAUAAGGGUUUUGUUUUAAAGCAUCUUAGUCUUUUAAGACACUGACACCAAAUGCCUUUAAAUGGCGACGGAUGCUUACACUUCAGUAUUCUUUUCAUAAGUUUAGGUAGAGCCUAUUUUCAUCUUGUUCUAAAUAACUUUCCAGAUUCUGUAGCUAUAAGACCAUUCCAUCCUACAACAUAAGACUCGUCUUCCUUAUGUGCUGUUUUCUUUGUGAAAGAAUAUCAAGUCAAAACUGAGUGUCAACACUGCUACUGAUUCCAUGUAUAAUGAAACUAGAACUUGGCUAGUUCCUGAAAAAUUUAAACUUGUUUGUAUUUCGGUUCAGCAGCAUCUUCAUGUAAGAUUGUGAUAUUUAAGAAUUAUCUGGGCUGGGCGAGGGUCUCUUUUUCUCUUUCAAUGAGCAUCUAGGCACUUAUUAUUUAAUAGUUUAAUAGCUCAAAUACAUUCCAAUAGAUGAAGUGCACACAACACAAUAUGUGUGUAGAGUAGUAGUGAAGCUUCUUUGGAGUCAAAGACUCACUUUUUUAUUGCCAGUUUUUUUUUUAGAACACAUACUGUGGAUUCAGUCCCUUGUCACACUCAAUCUUUUGGCAUACACCUGCUGUGGACUUUUGCCUCUUCUAUAAUAGCUGGCAAUGACAUUUCAAACUUACAGUGUGGAAUUGCAUUUAGUACUCGGCAUUGCUUGUUCCACUGGGAUGGGGGCCGGUGUUAAGAUGCCUGUAAGACAGACUGCACCCCUCUUUCUCUACUUUUUCUUUACAGCACUUAACAACAACAAAGUCUCGAUGAUGUACAGUGUUCAAACUUUAGGUUGAACUACAUUACUCUUUGAUUCCUAGCUAGUAGCUCUUACCUGCACUUUAAUGGGAGAGAAUGGUGGUGUGUGGAUAGGCACAAAUUUAUGUAAAUAGUGCUCCUUCUCUUUAGUAUGUUUGCUUCUGGGGUAGAAAAAUGAUUUUAAAAAACACUGGUUUCCAUCAGAUGGAUGACAUCCUCUCUAUCCUGUGGAGAUAGGAUUCUAAUAGAAUCCUAUCUCUUACAAGAGAUAAGAAAGGUGCUUUGCCUAUGCCAGCUUGGCACCUGAAGAUGUGUGAGUGGACGUGAGGCUGAACAUUACCUUGAUAUUUUUCUCUGGGUUUUGGAAGACCAUAGUCAAUUUUUAGAACAGAUUGGUUUCAUUCCCUAUAAAAUCUUCACGUGUGAUCAUAACUGUUUAAGCUUUGAAAACACAUACUGAAGUAUUGUGAGCUUUAAAAAACUUUUUAAAUAUUUGCAUAGUUUUAAGGUGAAUUUGUUUCCUUGGAGAGCUCUCCUAAUAUGUUGAGUUGUAUAUUUCAAAAGAGGAAAUUUUACAUGUUGUUCAAAACAGCCUUGCUAGUAACCGGUGAAUUUUGGUAUUAAUUAUUAUUAAAGUCUUUAAAUGACACAGGUACUGAAAGAUCACCUUAAUGUGUGGUGUGGUUAGCUGAUUGUGAAAACUGUUCCUGUUAAGUCACUUCUUGCAUGUUUGGUGUUAGCCAUCCAGCUCAGGCUCGUGUUGCAGCUGACAAUCUAGGAAGGACGGCCUUGGAGAGCGCCUCAGGCCCCACGCUGACGGAAUGCCUUAGAAACCCGACUUCCUCUAGAUUUGAACACCCAGACUUUUCUCUUGUUUAGAAAACAGACUUGUAUUUAUUUAAUGUACUUACUACUUAAAACUCCAGACACAGGUAAGGCCUAGAAGGCAAAUAUUGGCCAAUUUUUUCUUCAUUUUAGGUGAAAGACAAAUGAACGAGAUUUUUAAAGUGCAUGAAUCGUGAAUUAAUCAGUGUGAAUUAAUUGUAAGCCUUCAUCUUAUGUCCAAGUCCUUAGUUGCUUAGGGUUUCUUUUCUUUGUUUUUUAAAGAGUGACAAUUACCUUUUGAACCUGUGAAAAUUUUAAGAGUUGUUACAAUUUGAUGGUCUCCUUCUUUCUUUUCAUUCUAGAAAUGAAUAUGGUUGUAAUCGUGUUUCUAAUUCUUGGGACAACCUGCAAGACAGUGAGAUAGUUUAAAAAUUACCUUUCAUGUUGAAAAAGUCUGAAACUGAGAAUCCAGUGAUACUUAAAUGCUACAUAAAACUCUUUUAAAAUUUUUGAUUUCAAGUUCUUAAUUAAAACAUUUGUCAUAAAUGUGAUUUUGUUUUUUUAUGUUAUUGCUUUUAAUAUAAAAUAAUAGAAUAUUGAAGCAAUAAUAUCUAGCACUCUGCUGGACAUUAAGUCCACGGGAGGGGAGGUAAAUAGGAAUUGAUUCCUUGUCUUUUAACCGCUCUUAUUCAGGAGCUGUUAAAACCCUUGGGACCUCUGGCGACAUAGAUACUCUGCUCCUUAAAAUUUCUAAGCACAUCUAUUCAUUUUAAAAAUGCAUCUUUAAAAGAUUAUAGUUAAUAGUUGUACCUUUUAGUUAAUAUUGUAUUUACUUGGAAAUAUUUGACUAAAUGAAUCUUUAAAAGACUCAUUUUAAAAAUGAAUAAAUGUAAAAUAGGCUACAGGGUGAUCUUUCUUGCAUAUUAUGUAGGAGGCAUAUUUAUGCCAUUUCAUGUGUAGUAUCUGUCAUUGUGUUUCAUCAAAGAUCAAUUCCUAGCAACUCGAAGGGUGUAUAUAUGUAUAUACACAUAUAUAUACACACACACAUACACAUACACACACACACUUAGGUCACUUGAACUCAGCGGACUAAAUUGUAAGAAAGAGAGCAAUCAAUAUGGCUGUUAUUGGAAACCAUAAUUCUUUCCAGAAAAGAAUUCUGCACAGUUUAUAAGUUAAAUCUGUAGGGUCUUCUGCUAUCCUUUUUUAGGUUGAUAAUGCUGUACUGGGCACAGACUUUGUACAUAGAAUGUUAUGGUACAGUCGCCUCUGAGGAUCCAUGGGGCAUUGGUUCCUGGCCUCCCUUAGAAUGCCAAACUUCACGGAUACCCAAGCCGCUUCUAUAAAAUGGUGUAAUAUUUGCAUAUAACCUACACACAUCCUCCUGUAUACUUCAAAUCAUCUCCAGAUUACUUAAAAUACUGAAUAAAAUGUAAAUGCUCUGUAAAUAGUUGUUAUACUGUAUUGUUUAGGGAAUAAUGACUAGGGGAAAAAAGCCUGUACGUGUUCAGCACAAAUGAAAUCAUCUCUUUUUCCCCAAAUAUUUUCAAUUCAUAUUUGGUUGAAUCCAUGGAUGCAGAACUCUCAGAUACAGAGGACAGACUUUACUUUCUUUGCAAUGUUCAAAAGUAUUACCAGCAAAGAGGAAGAGGAGCAAAGCAUAUAUCAGAAGUCAAACGAUUUUUCUUGUUGACUGCUUUGGUAGAAAUCAGUUUAAUGGAUAGUUUUACAUUUCACUGGACUAGAUUAAAAAUGGUGCUAAUAUUUAUGUAGCUUGAUGCUAUAGUUGCUUUUGUGUCUAACUUAAUACCAGACCCAUAAAAGGUCCUUACUAUAUAAUUUUGUGAUCAGUUAAAUGAUAUUUUAAAGAGUGAUCUUAAAACUAUGACCUGGUCAUUUCAAAAUGUCUGCAUUUGAAAUGAAUAUUUGCAUUAUAGGGUGGAUAUGAAGUUAUUCGGUGCAAGGUAUGCUUAAUACCAAAUCCUACGCAAGGAGCUCUGUCUAGGUUUUUGGUUCAAAUUUGCCUCCUUCAAGCCUGCUAGUAUGAGAUGGAAAAAAAAAUCGAUUGCUCUUUUAAUAUUAUUUUCUUUUUGAAAUUCUGGACACCUGAAUGAAGACAGUAGAUGCCUCUUUUUAGAUUUCUCUUAUAAUAACAAAACUUUAUUGAGGGAAGCUUUCCCUAUGCUAUUGUAAGUUUGCUUUGAGCACUGCACUCACUUUAAAAUGCUGGAGGAACCAAGGCUGGGUACGUAUAAUCACAAAGCCCAGGCCACAGGAAUUUGGGGUUGUAUUUUCUAAGACCUAUGUAUCAUUUUUAGCUUAUAGUUAAUAUUGUAUUUACUUGGAAAAAUGUGAAUAAAGUUAAUUAACAUUA